AUGAAGGCCUUCAGCGAGUGCUGUGCCCCAUGCUGCCCUGGCGACGGCGAAGGCGAGCAGGCUGAACAGCAACAGCAACCAGGGCAGUUGCCUCCUGGAAGUCGCCUCGUUUCGGGUACCAUUGCCCAACAAGGAGAACCAAGAUACCUCGAGCCGCUUGUUCAGGAGCGCAUUGUGGAAGUCUUGAAGCAUGAAGUGGAGGAGCGCAUCAUCGAGGUGCCUCAAGUGCAAUAUGUAGACCGCAUUGUUGAAGUUCCGCAAACUGUUGUGCACGAGAAGAUUACCCACGUCCCCAAACCCGUCAUCCAGGAACGCGUCACACAUGUGCCGAAAGUGGUUUACCAGGAGAAGAUAGUCGAAGUCCCACAAGUAAAGGUGGUAGACAAGAUUGUUGAAGUGCCUCAAUACGUGUACCAAGAGAAGAUUAUUGAAGUGCCGCGCGUUGUAGUGCAAGAGAGAGUAAUUCCCGUUCCCCGAAAGGUAGUGAAGGAGAAGUUGAUUGAGAUUCCUGAGGUAGAAUAUCGCGAUGUGGCAUUCGAGCAGCCUAUUGAGGUUACAGAGGAGGUCAAACAAGAAGAAGUUGUUGAGAAAACAUACACACAGGUUGUGCAGAGACCCUUUGAAAUGGAAAAGGUCGUCGAAGUGCCUCACAUACAGCACACGUACAGGAAUGUGAUGACUCCCCAGUACAGGCAUAUCCCCAAGCCGGUCGAGGUUCCCAUGACGCAUUACAGACCAAUCCCCGUCGAGAAACUCGUUGACCGUAACGUCCCAGUACCUGUUGAGCUUCAAAUUGUGCAAGAAUAUCUGUGCCCUAAGAUAGAACCGCGUUACAAAGAAGUCCCGGUCCCUGUGCACGUCCAGCGAACGAUUGAGCAUCCAGUGCCGAAGGAGGCUAUGGGAAACCCGCAGCUUCUCCCCCUGUACUACCAAGGAAGCAAAGAACAAUUCAAGGGAAGCUUCCAACCUGGCGGUGUUUGCUGCACAAUGUCGUCCUGGUGUGGUCCGCGAGUAGACCAUGUUACGGAGGGUACAGCAGGAACCGUUGAAGUGCUCGCUCAGGCUGGAUACCCACAGCAGCCUCAGAUGGCGGUUCCCCCUCCUCAAGUGCCUCAAGAACAACAGCAGCAGCAGACUGAAUACACGGCUGCCGACCAAGCAGCUCAACAACAACCGAUGCAAGAGGCUGGGACAGAACGUAUGACAACAAUGCAACGUGAAAUGCUCGCUGCAGCCAACAGGCCUGCCAACCCGUACGUGCAAGUUUCUGUCACACCCUUGGCUCCUGGCCAGAAAUCCGAAGUAAACAUACAGUAG